UGCAAGAGAUGGAUGGCGUGUGGGGACUUCUGAUCGGAAAACCCAAUGAAAUGAUUUAUUUGUCGCUGUCUCGUGUAAGAGUAGAAAAUGCGACAGCUUUGGGUACACUUGGGGAGGUAGAGGAGUAGAGAGUGGAGGUGGUCAUGGAGGUGGACGUGGCGGCGUUUGGGUUCCCUGCUCCGGUGAGGCCGGGGGCGACGCGGGUGGGGUGGGUGGGCAUCGGCGUCAUGGGUGGCGCCAUGGCCGCGCGCCUCCUCGCCGCUGGGUUCGCGGUGACCGCGUACGCGCGGACGCCGGCCAAGGCGGAGGCCCUAGUCGCUGCCGGCGCGAGCCUCGCGGGCUCCCCGGCUGCCGUGGCCGCGGCGUGCGACGUGGUGUUCACCAUGGUGGGAAACCCCGGCGACGUCCGCGCCGUCGUCCUCGACGCGGCCUCCGGUGUCCUCGCUGGCCUCCGCCCCGGCGGCGUCCUCGUGGACUGUACUAGCUCCUCCCCUUCCCUCGCCCGCGAGGUCGCGGCGGCGGCGCGCGCGGCUGGGUGCUACGCCGUCGACUCCCCGGUCUCCGGCGGCGACGUCGGCGCGCGCGACGGCGCGCUCGCCCUCCUCGCCGGUGGCGACGAGGCGGUGGUGAGCUGGCUCGCGCCGCUCUUCGCCCACCUCGGCAGGCCGACCUACAUGGGCCCGCCCGGCAGCGGCCAGAGCAGCAAGAUCGCGAACCAGAUCGCGGUGGCCGGGGCGGUGGUCGGUGCCAGCGAGGCGCUGGCGUUCGCCAACGCGGCGGGGCUCGACGCGCCGCUGUUCCUCGACGCGGUGUCCAAGGGCGCGGCGGGUUCGCGCGUCAUGGACAUCUUCGGCGAGCGCAUGCUGCGCCGUGAGUUCGCGUCCGGUGGCUCCGUGAAGUACAUCAUCAAGGACCUUGGCAUGGCGCUGGAGACCGAGGAGGGGCCGGAGGGGGCCAAGGCGCUGCCAGGGGCGGCGAUGUUCCGGCAGAUGUUCUCCGCGAUGGCGGCGAACGGCGACGGCGACCUGAGCCUCCAGGGAUUGAUCACCGUAGUCGAACGCCUGAACGGCAUUCGCAAUGCGUGCAUGAUGCAAUCUUAUCUCUUUCCCUCCAAGAAACACUUCAGCAGAGGAGCAACAAUGGCGGCGGCAGGGUCGCUGGGACUUCUCCAGGCGCCAUCGUCCUUCACGGCGGCAGCGGCGAGCCGGCCGGCUUCUCGGCGAGCACCGCGAGCUCUGUUCGCCGUGAGAGCCUCGGCUGCCGCCGAUGCCACCAAGGACGCCGUCCUCAAGGCCUUCCGCGAGAAGAGAGCUCUCAAGAUCAUUUCAGGGCUUCAGAAUUUCGACAGGAGUAGUGUUGCCUCUGUUGUCUCGGCUGCAGAUAAGGGAGGUGCCACCCAUGUUGAUAUAGCGUGUGACCAAGACUUAGUAAAGCUUGCUCUGGAGCUUACUUCCCUUCCGAUUUGUGUCUCCUCCGUAGAUCCUUCAGCAUUCCGUUCUGCGGUAGAAGCUGGAGCAAAGAUGAUUGAGAUUGGAAACUAUGAUUCUUUUUAUGACACAGGCAUCGAAUUCUCUUCUGAGAAGAUCUUAAAGCUGACCAAGGAGACAAGGGAAAUGCUUCCAGAUAUAACACUGUCCGUAACAGUUCCACAUACACUGAGCCUCCUAGAUCAGGUAAGACUUGCAGAGCUACUCGAAGAGGAAGGCGCUGAUAUCAUCCAAACUGAAGGAGGGAAGUGUUCUAGUCCAACAAAGCCUGGAGUGCUUGGAUUAAUUGAAAAGGCAACACCAACUUUGGCCGCUGCAUACUCCAUCUCUCGGGCUGUCACAAUUCCAGUGAUGUGUGCAUCUGGGCUAAGCUCAGUGACUGCACCAAUGGCAGUAACUGCAGGAGCUGCCGGUGUGGGAGUUGGUUCUGCUGUCAACAAACUUAACGACAUCGUCGCAAUGGUCGCUGAGGUGAAAAGUAUUGCUGAAGCAUUGGGUUUGCCUUCACGGAACGUGUCUAGCAACUUGAGAACAGUUCACCAUUAGGGGCUAGUUACCUCCUCUUCUAGACAAACUCUAGCGAUCAAUAAUAUUAUCAAAAGAUGCAGUAGCUUGACAUUUCACAGUCUACUGCCUUUCGUAACAUAUAUGCAAAGCAAUGCAGAGGUGCCAAUUGGCGUUUUCGACGGUUGUAAUGUAGCUUUGGCCAGUGGCGUUGUUGAACUGAGAUCAAGUUUCAGCUGCAAUCAAUUGUCAGAUUGUCACAUCUUUCCCAUGCAAUUUUUUUGCAUCAUGUCCGUGUAAAUUGUCAGAUAUUCCCCUUGCAAUCUUGUAUAUCAAUGCCUAUGUAAAUGCAUGUGGUGGGUAAAUCCACAUUACUUCA